AUGGCGGCGAUCACAUAUUCUCCAACUCGUCCGGUGGCGUUUACUCACACUUUAAAUGAAUUGGCUGGUAAUGUGAAGCGGGUCGAGGUGGAAGGCCUUGACAAUCUAAUUGUUAAUCGCGUCCUUUUACGGGAUCUCGCGAAUAGAGUCGAACGUUAUACAAGCAUCAAUAAAAAGACAAGCCAGAAAAUCUCAGUUUCAUUACGAUCUCUCGGUGAUUUGUCAUUCGACAUCGCCUUGGAUCUUGAUGAGAUGGUCAACAAAGGAGAUAAUUUUUUAUCCCAUUUUCAACGAGAUGUUCGUGCAAUACACGCAGAAAUUGUGUCAAAUGGCCGAAAAGUUCGAGUAUCGAUUGUCGCUGGACACUUGGAAAAAAUUUUAAGACUAGUUCAUAAUCUCGAACUUCACGUACGAAAAGUGAAAUCGAAUGUUCAUCAUGGAAUGAAUAUUCGAGAUAAAGUCGACCAGUUAUUAUUGGAUGGAAAAUAUGAGAGUCAAAAAUUUCAUGAGAAACGUAAACAGCGACCACUUGCCAAAUUCAUUUUUGGCGAAUCAAACGCUGCGUUGCAGGCAGAACAGGAAGUUCACAGUCUCGAUGUGACGACGAACUUAUUGAAAAUGCUGGGGGAUCAAUUGAAUGUGUUGGAUUCUAAUUUAUUGAGAUUUCAGAGACGUCUUUCUGAUCUCGUGACCGAGUUGAAGAAUGCGGAUGGAAGUUUGGAGUUUACAUCGGAUGAUAGUAAACUAUUGGAAGAUGCGGUCGAAAAAGCUAGAAUUGGUUCGAAGGUGUUUAUUAAAAUGGACAAAGAUUUAAUCUCAGCAAAUAAACCAAAUUAA